AUGUUACUAUCAACACUUGUCCUAUCGACACUUGUUUCCACUAUAAUUGCAUCACCAAUCGUUCCAUCUCAUGGUGGUUCUCAAUUCUAUAAUAAGCGUGCUGCUUCAGGUUGGGAUUAUGAAACUCAAAAAAUCCGUGGUGUUAAUUUAGGUGGUUGGUUUGUUCUUGAACCUUUUAUUAAUCCUUCAUUAUUUGAAGCAAUUUCUGAUGAUGAAUCUAAAGUUCCAGUUGAUGAAUAUCAUUAUACCAAAGCACUUGGUAAAGAUUUAGCUAAAGAACGUUUAGAAAACCAUUGGUCUUCAUGGAUCACUGAAUCUGAUUUUGAAAGUAUUAAAGGUGCUGGAUUAAAUUUUGUUCGUAUUCCAAUUGGUUAUUGGGCUUUCCAUUUAUUAGAUGAUGAUCCAUAUGUUCAAGGUCAAGAAGCUUAUUUAGAUAAGGCUUUAGAAUGGGCUAAAAAACAUGACUUAAAAGCUUGGGUUGAUUUACAUGGUGCCCCAGGUUCUCAAAAUGGGUUUGAUAAUUCAGGUUUAAGAGAUUCUUGGGAAUUCCAAAAUGGUGAUAAUACUCAAAUUACAUUAGAUGUUUUACAACAUAUUUUUGAUAAAUAUGGUGGUGAUAAUUAUACUGAUACAAUUAUUGGUAUUGAAUUAUUGAAUGAACCAUUAGGAUCAGUUUUAAGUAUGGAUAAAUUGGAUGAUUUCUGGUCUAAAGGUUAUAAAGGUUUAAGAGACACUGGAUCUGUUCAAAAUGUUAUUAUUCAUGAUGCAUUCCAAAAUUAUACAUAUUUUGAUAAUAAAUUUAAAACACCAGAUUAUUGGAAUGUUGUUAUUGAUCAUCACCAUUAUCAAGUUUUCAGUGGAGCUGAAAAUAAAUUAUCAAUUGAUGACCAUGUUAAAUUAGCUUGUUCAUGGGGUGAAGAUUCAACAAAAGAACCACAUUGGAAUUUAUGUGCUGAAUGGUCAGCUGCAUUAACUGAUUGUCAAAAAUGGUUGAAUGGUGUUGGUAUUGGCGCUCGUUAUGAUGGUUCUUUUAACAAAGAUCCUUCAGAAAAUGCUAAUAUUGGUACUUGUGCAGGUUCUCAAGAUAUUACUCAAUGGACCGAAGAAAAGAAGGAUAAUUAUAGAAAAUAUAUUGAAGCUCAAUUAGAUGCAUUUGAAAAAAGAGGUGGUUGGGUUUAUUGGACUUGGAAAACUGAAACUUCAUUAGAAUGGGAUUUCCAAAAAUUAUUUUAUAAUGAAAUUUUCCCAGUUCCAGUUACUGAUAGAAAAUUCCCAGGUCAAUGUUCAUAA